GAGUCACCAGCUGUGAUUGGCUGGCUGCUUCGAGCAGACUCAGGAAUCCCGGGAAAAAGGAUCUGACCCGAGAGACAACAAAGACCUCCUGCGUUAUCACUCUUCUCCAUGAACAAAUGGACUACGUACCAGCUUUCAGAGGGAAAGGGUCCAAUGACCUCCUCCUUAAAGCUCCUCCUGAGGCGGAGGCCUUUGGCUGCCAGCAGGAAGGAUUCGGAUCCCAGCGGCCAAAGAACCCAGCAGGCACCAUGCAGGACGCCAGGAACCGGGUCGUUGAUGCUGGGGGGGACUGCACGGACACCAAACUGGUUCUCAGCCAGCAUGAGAUCCAGUUCGGGAUGUACAGAGGGCAGACCUUCCACUGGCUGCUCAGCAACAACGUCAGCUACCUGAUCAUGAUCUUGGCAGCUCAUCAACAGGCGCGUGAGUCGGGGGACCUCGACACCAGCGCCCUGAUGGAGAACAAGGACGCUCUGUCCCGGUACGCCGCGCUGUUCCCCUGCGUGACGUCUGCGGUCCAGCAGAGGAGGGUGUCUGACCUCUCCUCCUCUGAGGGAGCGCUGGAUAGUAGGCGGGUGGGUUUCGGGGAGCAUGCCGGACUCUCGUACCGGGAGUUUUACGAGUCGGCAGAUCCUUCAGUGGAGAGCUACAAGAUGUGGCUCAAGAGAGCCCGCGUGCAGUCCACGGGCUCGAGCAUGGACCGCCUGAAGAGGUACGUGCUGGGGAGGGACCGCAAAGCAGCCUCCUCACCUUCAGCGCCUCCAACCUCCUCCCCCGUAGCUUCCAUGUCUUCCUCGGGACCUUCACAGGUUCUCGGAGAUUCCUUCAUUGAGGACGAAACGAAGCCGACGGCUUCUGAACUCGAGCUUUACCUUUCUUCAGCUCCAGAUGAACCAGUGGCUUUUGCUUCACCUGAUACUUCCCCGGUCCAGAGAAGACGACCUGCUGCGACAGCACCUGGCGUUCUCCCAGCUGAUGUUCCUCUCCCAGAGAGCUGGAGGAGGACACUCCCCAGGGUGCAGCACGGGUGGGUGUGCCACGCUCUGUUCACCAUUGAACCGAGUGGGCACCCCGCCCUAAACACAGAGCUGCAGACCUGGUACUACCCUCCUGGCCCCAAACGGCUGUACUACCAGCCACCGGCCUCACUUGACGACUUCUUCCAGCGGCCGUUCUUCCUCUGGGUACCGUACAGGAUGUGGAAGUGCAUCAUCAGCUGUCCAGACUGUGGUCAUAGAAUGACCGCGUGUGGGUUGUACAAGACCGUUCGCAAGGUCCUGGACACCGACGGGUGGUAUUUUAUGGGCACCGAGUACCUGGAGUGUUGCGGCUGUGGGAAGAAGUUGGCCUCCUGGUCGAGACGCAUUGUGGCCCAGCUGGGUUUUGAGUACAGGAGCAUUUUCCCAGCAGUGCUCACAUACAGGCUGUCGUGUGACAAGAAGGUCCUGAUGCAGAUGAGGGGACGGUCGCUCGGCAACAACGUCGACCGUCUGCGCUCCGACUUGGUGGAGCAGCACACGGCGACCUGGGCCAACAGUUGCAUCCGCUUCAUGUCCAUUUACAAGAAGUUCAUGUUGCCGGGUGUGUCUGUUCCUCCUCCUCCAGCCCUCCCUGAGAUGGAGCCGGUCCCCACCAGGCAGUGCAUCCUCUCGGCCUUCAUCGCGGACAGCUUCACCCGCCUGGAGGAGAUGAGAGCCAAGGUGACCUCGGUCUUUGGCUCCAUCCUGAAAAUGGACUCCACCAAGCAGAUCCACAGGAAGCUGCCUGGCCACGCAGCAGGGACGGCCCAGUGGGUGACCAAUGUGGGCAACGAGCACGGGCAGGUGCUCAUGUCGGUCCUCACCGCAGCCGAGGGCUACGGGCUGCAGCAGAUGACCUCUGGGCUCGUCAGGCGGUACCAGCAGGCCGGGGUGGAGCCACCUCUGGUCCUCUACGUGGAAAAGGACUGCUGCUCCAUCACUGGGGGUUCAGCUGCUGCCCCUCUAUUCCCUGAAUGGACCCAGCUAGUAGUCAGACUGGACAUCUGGCACUUCAUGAGGAGGCUGGCGGUGAUGGUCACCACCGAGAGCCACCCCCUCUAUGGCGUCUUCAUGCGUCGCCUGGCAGCCUCCAUCUUCGUCUGGGACCAGGAGGACAUGGCCUUGCUGAAGAGAGCCAUGGAGGCAGAGGGACCCGGGGCCUGGAGCAGGGUCUCCCUCAAAGAGAUGGCUCGGCACUGUCGCCGCCGCACACGUGGGGCACAGGAGACCGAGCGUCUCAUUGAGGAGACCCUGGACCACUUUAAGUCGGCCAGCGAUGGCAUGGCCAUCCUGCUACUGGACCAGGAAAGGGUGGAGGGCAUCUGGAGCACCCAGCGGCGCCACCUGCCGUGCCUCCAGGAUCCACCGGGGCUGCAGCUGUACACCAGGACGGGCCAGCUGACCCGGGGAGGAGUCAGUCUGCCGGUGUACCGCUGUUCCCGCGGCUUCACCUCGUUAAAGUCGUUCCACCUCCACCUCAACAGGUCCAUCCCUGGCACCAGUGGCAGUCCCAUGAACUUCCAGCUGUACCUGCUGGAGGGCCUGACGAGGUGGAACGAGGACCACGAGUGUCCCUCGGUGAAGAGGGGGGACAUCCAGCUACCGCGCAGUUACAGCAGCAAGGACCUGGACACGGUGAACCAGCUGGCCCAGCUCCUGUACGGGCGGAAGCUGGUUGAAGGCUACACGCGGAUUCGGGAGCACACAGGGGAGUUGAUAGGGGUCAACUAUCUGUUCUCCCAGACCGGCCGGGUGCUGCAGGAGCUGCCGGACAACCCCGACGUCCCAGAGGAGGAGACGGAGGAGGAGGAGGAGGAGGACUUCAGGGACCAGGUAGAAAGGGUUGAUGAGGGCUUUCGGGAAUUCAUGUUUGAUACAGAUUUCCUGUCGGACAUCUCACAGCCUGGGAAGUCCGAGCUGGCUGAACUCGAGGAGUGUGUGGACGCCGAUGGCUCCCCGGGGUACCAGCAUGUCCUGAACCUGGCCGAGUGUCUGGUGGCACUGCGGGUGGCGGGUCGGGUCACGGUGGGGUGUGAGGCGAAGAUCUUGGCCUUGUGGGAGAAACUCCCCGAGGGAGACAAGGUUGUCCACAGUUGCGGCAGCGGUACUUUCAUGAGGCCCGAUGCCAGCAGGCUGGUGGAGGCCGUCUGCAUCCUGCUGUGUCGGCUGCAUUCUCAGAGCCGCUCUCUCGCUGGAGCUCGGAUCAGCCGCUGGUCGAUGAUAGUCAGGAGCUACUACAUCAUCAGAGACAGCGUGCUGGUAAAUCCGACCCUCCGAGACAAGCUGCGUCUCUUUGAGAUCAACCACAAGACGCUCAUCCAGUGGUUCAACUUGAGGAAGGGAGGUUACGGCCUCCAGGCUGAGGGGUCAUCCACCAGCGCUCCUCGGGUCGCACCAGACCCAUUGCCUCCUGCCAGAGAGAUUCCACAACGGCCCCCCCUAGACCAGCACCUUCCAGGCGUCUCUGACCAGACGGGACCCUCCAAGGCCUCGGACCUUCCAGCAGCUGCUGGACCUGACGCCGACAAUGCUGCUCCUCCACCAUGUCUCGCCGACGGGCCUCCUCCACCUCCUCUUGGUCCAAAGACGACGCUGUGGAAUAGGAAGCAGCUGGAAAGGAGGAGGCAGGAGGCAGAGAGACGAGGGAUUUGGUUGCCUCUCAAAGUGACCGUCCUCUCCAGGGGACUGAGGAACCGGACUCCAACCCACCAGGACGAGACCUCUUCCCCUCCCUGUCUGGAGGAGUUUAAUAAGUCCCCCAGCGGAGACGAGACCUGGUCCCCGCCCCCCCCGCCUGGAGGAGUUUUAUAAGUCCCCCAGCCAGGACUAGACCUGUUUCCCCUCCCCAUCUGGAGGAGUUUAAUAAGUCCCCCAGCCAGGACUAGACCUGGUCCCUCCCCGGCUGGAGUCCCCCACCUCUCAGAUGAAUCUUUUCAGACCUAUGAACACUUUCCAUACAUGGGGCUGUUUUUCACAACAUUAAGAGCCUAAUUAGCCUGAGUGUGUGUGUAUUGUGUAUAAUAAAUAUUUGACACUGAAA